GCUGAACCUAAGUCUUCACAGUCUAUAAUUGAAGAAAGCAUCUUCAAAGAAAACCAAAGCAAGUUGGAGGAGCAGUCUUUAUUUUCCCCUGUUGAAGCAAUAGUCGAUAAUGUAGACAAGCAAAUUGAGGAAGUUUCUAAUGAAUCACUGACGGAAAAAAAAGAGGCUGUGUCAUUGUUAUACCCUGAGACCUCUAUCUGUUUGGUGACUGACCCCCAGGAUUCCCUCCAGUCCCCUCCUGCAGUCAAUCAACAGUGUAGUCAGCCACCCACUAAGUCUUUUAUCCAAAACUUAUGUGAAAACGCCACAAAGAAAGUUGAAACUAGCAGGGAGCAAAGUUCUGACAUAGCAGAUAACUCACCAGGAGACAUAGAAUCCCUUAUAAUCAAAAAAGCAAUAAAGAAAGAUGACAGGGAAGCUAUUAAAGAUGAAGUCAGCAAGGUGUCAACAGCUGCAGAUGUGUUGCCGGGUUCAGGCACAGGAACAGAGCAGAUAUCACAGGUUAUCGACAGUUCAGACAGUCAAAUCCUAAGUGCAGUCUUUGCACCUGAGAGGUCAGAUGCAGUCAACUCCUCUGAAGGUUCUGACUGGCUCAGAGCUCUGAAGGAGGCAGCCUCCAUGUCUCAGAUCAUUCCAGAGCACAGAGAUGAGUCUACCUGUGGAUCUACAGAAAACAGGCCAUUUGAGACCCUCCGUUCGGCUCAGACUGAUCUAGAAUUCCAAACCCCAACUGAAGAAUAUUUUCCCCCUGCUCCUGAAGAGAGUUUUCCCCCGGUUCCUGAGGAGAGUUUUCCUCCAGCACCUGAGGAGAUUUUGUCUCCUGCUUCUGAGGAGAGUUUCCCACCUGCACCUAAGGAGAGUUUUCCUCCUGCUUUUGAGGAGAGUUUCCCGCCUGCACCCGAGGAGAGUUUUGCCCCUAUUAAUAAGCAGCCAGAAGAACCACCAGACUACAGGUCUCCUCUGGUAGAGGCUGCUGAGAGCAGUGAGUCUGUCCCAUCUCCCUUAUUACCCCUACCACAGCAGGACACUGCUCCUACCCUCCCUGCCCUCCUGCUCCAAGACACGGUCGAGUUCCCUACACCGCCCCCUACCCCUCCGGACAGGGCUCCCCCUGAGCCUCAGACCCUUCCUCCUGCUCCUUCUGGUCUAGCCGAGGCUCCCCCUGCUGCCCCUGUGUCUCCUCAAAUCCAACAGACACUGUUUUUUCGCAGGAGUUCAGACUCAGACGGAGCUUUCGAAACCCCUGAGUCCACCACCCCUGUGAAGUCUGCUUCCUCACCAGUGCCCCCAACAGAGCCCCCCUACACCAACUCGGAGGCAUUGUCCCAAGAACACACAGCUUCCACUGCUGUCAUCUCUGCCAGCGAAGCUCAAGACCCAAAUCAGCUUAAAUCUCCCAGUCGCUCUCAGUCUAUAGUCUUUGAUGAGGACAAACCAAUAGCUGCUAGUGGCACCUACAACCUAGAUUACUUAAUUGCUAAUGAUCCCUUACCAGAAUCAAAUUUUGGGUCUGGGCCAUCAAGUCGAGCGCCUCUUACCCGCUCUCUAAGCCUACAGUCAGGUGAGUUAGAGAGCCCAGGAGACAAAUUCUCAGGAGGAACCUUCGACAAACCCAUUCACCCACGAACAGAGUCCUUCAGCAUAGGAACAGAAAGUGCUCCGGGAACUCUUCGUAAAGUGAAGAAGCCCCGUCCAGGUUCCCUAAAGAAGAAACCUCUUUCCCGGCAGAACUCAAAUCCAGAGCAUACCUCUCCCAAAACAGUCUCCUCUAGCAGCACGCCAGAGGAGAAAAAGAGAGGGAAACCACAGCCUGAAAGCCCCUUGCAAACCCAAGAGAGGGUUAGCUCUUCUCCCAGCCCUAGUCCUAGUCCUGCUGGAACCCUACGGAGGAAUAGGAUAAAGUCUCAAGUUGAAAGUCCUCCACCUUUGGCUGAGGAGGUCACUGCCAGCUCAAUAUCAAGUCAGCUCCAACCGGCGCUUCCUGAUCCAGUACCUGAGGCUCCAACUGUUCCCGACGAGGAGUCUCCUAUCCCUCCCAGUGCCUCCUACAAAUGGGAUCCGGACAACUUUGAGAAUAUUGACCCAUUCAGUACAGGAGGUAGUAAAGUUGCUAACUCCCCGGUCUUGGGGAAGAAAGCCGACUUUACAUCGGUCUCAGACACUCCUGUUGCUGUAGAGGAGCCUCGUGCCUCUUCCACUGCUAAAGAGCAACCCAUCAGCAUUGAGGAACAGCCAAACACCAAACGCCAACCAGUCAGACUGGAGUUUGACUAUUCAGAGGACAGUGAAGAGGCACCACGCAGUACUCCUCCUCCUAAAAACCUAGGCAAGAAACCAGGGGCCAAGAUGCCCAUCCGAAAGCCCAGACUGGGGAUUAAGAAGGCCCCUCCAUCCCAGAUAGAGCAGCUAGACAAUGCACCUGUCCCUGCACUUUCAAAUGACAUUGAUGACAUCCCGAUCCCCAAGGGGUCAUAUAACUUUGAUCCCAACAAGUGGGAUGACCCUAACUUUAAUCCAUUUUCUUCAAACACUGGCAUCCCCAACUCUCCUGGCCUGUCUAGAAGAUCUUACAACUUUGAUCCAGACUCCUUUGAUGGCUCAAUCGAUACCUUUAAAUCUCCCAACAAGAUGGGAAACUCACCUCCAAAAACUUUUGACAAAUCCAACGACAACGAGAAUGACAAUGAUAACAUUGCUGAGUUGGAGGAUCACAACCAGAACAAACCUGCCAAAAACAAGAAGAAGCCUCUCAAAUCUAACACUUUUAGAGUGAAGAAAUCACCAAAGAGGACUCAGGUUACUGAGCCAUCUGCUCAAUGUUGUCCUGUGUGUUCUCCACUUUCACCCUCCACUUCACCCACACAUAAUCACCUGCAGGAGCACUCACCUGAUGCCAAUCCCGAGCCCUCACAAGAUCACGCCACAGAUGAGGAGAAACUGGCUUCCUCCACCAGUCACAAAUGGACUAGACAUGACAUAGAGGUGGAGUUGAACUCUGACCCCCAAGACUUCCCACAGCCAGCUGACUUUACAGCUUUUGUCAGUGAGAACAGUCUACCAGCACAGAGUGAUGUCACAGACUAUGAGAUUGAAUACAUGGAAAAGAUUGGCUCCUCCGCAUCUCCUCUCUCAGUUAAGAAACCAUCACUUUAUCUAAAGCUGGACUCUGUGACCGAGAGUCCAACAAAGACUUCCAAAAUGCAAGAUUCAGAGCCAAACUCUCCCUGUACUGGGAGCUUUGAGGAGAUGGAGGCUCAGAUCUCGCAGGGGAAAUCACCUGUGCUGCCACCACGUGGUGCUCAUGAUUCCUUGGCCUCAGAAAAAAGCAGAAAGAGAGAAAGCCAGUCUCAGAGUCGAACACAGAGCAAUGAGAGAGAUGGAGCGUCCCCCAUCCAGGCCCCCAUGGAUCCCUCAGAUCUACCCCUCUUAGACAGACUGUCUGAUUCACCCGCCCCUCUCAGCUACCUGGAGCCUGAUCUGGCUGAGACCAACCCCACUGCCUUCGCCCAAAAACUGCAGGAGGAGCUGGUGCUCGCAGCCCUGAGGAUAGAGGCUCUGCAGGUAGCCAAAAACAUCUCUCAGAGCCCCACUUUGUCCACUGUGUCCCCUCAGUCUCGCCUCAAGAAGCCCAGCCCACGCCGCUGGAAUCUCAACAGUUCUCACAUGGCUAAAAAAACUGCAGGAAAUUCCACACAGACAGAUAGCAAACUCUGCCGCAGGACGUCCCGUAUUCCACAGCAGAGAGAAAUGGCCUCACCGGGGGACAGCGGGGUUCCGAAGAGCUCCCUCUAUUCACGAACAGGAUACAUUGUAGGGGAUAGCCCUCAUCUGCCACGUGACAUGGACCACUCUCUUGACAUUGCCCGAGAAGAGAUUGUUGUGAAAGAGAGAGAAGCCAUGGAGUGGAAGAGAAAAUACGAAGAGAGUAGACUGGAAGUGGAGGAGAUGAGGAGGAUAGUUAUGGAGUAUGAGAAGACUAUUGCAGAGAUGAUUGACAAAUCUUUCAUGCCUCUGGACUCAAACACUGAGGGUGAGCAGAGAGAGAAGACUCUGUCUCAUCACACUAUCCAGCAGUUGAUCCUGGAGAAGGACCAGGCUUUGGCUGAUCUCAACUCCGUGGAGAAAUCUCUCGCUGACUUGUUCCGUCGCUAUGAAAAGAUGAAAGAUGUUUUGGAAGGCUAUCGGAAGAAUGAGGAUGUGCUGAAGAAAUGUGCGCAGGAGUAUCUGUCUCGUGUCCGUAAGGAGGAGCAGCGCUACCAGGCCUUGAAGAUCCACGCUGAGGAGAAACUGGAUAAGGCGAAUGCUGAAAUCGCUCAGGUGAGAGUCAAAGCCAAGCAGGAGCAGGCAGCGUAUCAGGCCAGUCUGAGGAAAGAACAGAUGAAGGUGGACUCACUGGAGCGCACAAUGGAACAAAAGAAUAAAGAGAUUGAAGAACUGACCAAAAUUUGUGAUGAACUGAUUGCCAAGAUGGGAAAGAGCUAGCCGCCCGUUCGACACCGUUCUGUCUGUACCACAAAGAGACAAAAGAACAAUAACUGGACAAGAGUGUAAAGAUGAAGGAGCUAGGUUCAAUUGUUUUGGUAUUGUUUUUUCCUCUUACUAAUGGACAGAAUGAUGAACUAACCAAACAAAAGGAUCUCACACUACUGACGUCUUCACAUAAAACUGGAGUCCCUAUGACUGGGAGAACGCUAGUUUGUGGCUGUAAUUAUUUUCUCUUCAUUUUAAACUGUUAAUGUACACCACCUAACCUAUGUUGAGGGUCUUGUGAAAGUACUCCCCAUCAGUAGACUUUGUUUUAGUGUCUGUAUAGCUCUCUCUUUCUCUCUCUCUCUCUCUCUCUCUCACAUACACAUGCAGAGAGUAUGUGUUUAUAGUGAGUCUGAGGUUAUGAGUGCUGUUGCCAUGACAACCACUGAUGGAGCCGACUGUUAAACUGAUUCCCGUGGUUCCCUCUUCUUAACAUGAAAACAAAAAUGACCAGAGAGAAUAUAUAUAUAUAUAUAUAUAUAUAUAUAUAUAUAUAUAUACUAUAAAACAGAUGAAUUAAUCAUUCAGUUGUCACAAAGUGGUAUUCAUGAUUAUAAAAAAAUGCAUGUUGUAGGCCUUGACGGUUUUGUAAAUAUGAAAAUGACUUGAAAAAAGUAAAGGAACAUAACUGCAGAUUUUGAUACUGUUAGUUUAUCUGCUUCCUUGUGUAUCUUUGUAGAUACUUGUUGUUUAUUUGUUUCGUUGUCUUCUAGCAACACUGAUGUGUGAUUUUAUUUUUGGAUUUAUUUUGAUAUAUAAAUGAACCCACGUGUGACUGUCAGUGGUUCUGAGCUAAUUUAAUCUGAAUGGUUUUGUCUCAGUCCUGCUAGAGCUGAAGCUUCAGACAAAUGAAGCUCUGUCAGCUAUACAGGACACGCUUACAAAGUGCAAUAAAAGAUGGCAAUACA